ACCUUGUUCCCGAUGGGAAGUGAUUUGCAGUAGAACGGGCCGUGUGCUGAAGAAACCAGAAAUCAGUUUCCGAGUGACGCUGGAAGAAACCAUGAAGAAGAAACUCCAGAAGAGUGUUUCUGUCGUCGGUGAAGAGGCAGUGUCGGGGGAACCGGCAGCUGACUACGAGGUGGGUCAGGUGUCAGGAAGUUUGUUCAAGAAGAAAUCUGCCGCCUCCGGAUCGCUGUCGACUUUAUUCAGCACCGCUGCACCGGCUGGUCCUCUUCUGUUUCAGCCUGCACCCAAGCCUGUUCAGAAGAGCACAGAAGCAGAGGAGCAACAGAAGGAAACUCCAGAGGUCAAAGGUCAGCCCAGUCAGAAGAUUAAUCAGAAGCAACUUAAGGAGAAAUCUGAAGCCGACCAGAAGCUGGACAACAGGGAGAUCAGUUUACAGAACGCCGACGAGGAAGAGCGAGGGAAGGCGGCGCCCGCCAAAAAGAAGAAGAGGAAAGCGCCGGAGCCGGAGGGAGAGAUCAGUGCGGAGCAGUGGGUGAUGAAGAGGCAGAGGCUGAAAGCCAGUAAAGAGGAGGAGGUGGUAAAGGAGAAGAGGACGGUGUUUGUUGGCAACCUGCCCAUCAGCUGCACCAGGAAGACCCUGCAAAGCCUCUUCAAAGAUAAAGGAACCAUCGAGUCCAUCCGCUUUCGCUCUGUGGUCAGAGAGGAUCCCUUAAUGUCCCGCAAAGUAGCAGUUAUUCAACGCAAAACUCAUCCAAAAAAGCAAAGCAUAAACGCCUACGUGGUGUUUGAGGACGAGGCCACAGUCGCCAAAGCGCUGGAGAGGAACGGCAUGGAGGUCGAGAAAGACUUCCACAUCCGAGUGGACAGAGUGACGAACGGCUCAUCGUACGAAAACAAACGCUCCGUAUUUGUGGGGAAUCUUUCGUUCGAGUUAAACGAACUGGCUUUUCGGCGGCACUUUGAGGAGUGUGGCACAGUGGAGGCUGUACGAUUGGUGCGAGACCAGAACUCUGGAUUUGGGAAAGGAUUCGGUUACAUCCUGUUUGAGAGCGCCGACUCGGUGCAGCUGGCGUUGGAACUGGAAGGCACCAAACUGGAGGGCAGACCCAUCCGGGUGAAGAGGGCGUCGAGGCAGAAGAAUAAAACGGACAGCAACGAAACCAAAGGGAGGACCGGCAAGGGCCCCAUGAAGGGCCCCGGCAAAGGCCCCAUGAAGGGCUCGGGUCAGGAGAGAGGCGGCGGUUUCAAGUCUAAAAAGAAGUUCUCUGGAAACCAGCAGAAGAGCUCCACCUCCUUCAAAGGAGAGAUGGUGGAUCCAAACAAAAAGAUUAAAAAGAAAGGACUGAAGAAGAAAUCAAAGCCCAGAAAGACUGUUCAUAUCUGAUAUCCGAUCUACAUCUCAGCAAUAGAAAGUGUGUGAGGACUAGACUACUGUCUAAAGAGAAACCAAAAGAAAGAAUUAUAGUCUGUCAACGAUGACGGAGUAGUGAUGGGCCCCCGUUAGGAUAAUAAUAAUAAUAAUAAUAAUUUGAGAAUUAGAAAAUGAAGUUGCUGUCUCUGCGUCGGCUUUUACUUACAGAAAGCUUUGCUCUGUUUGUCAUCGUCUCUUUACUCCAGGAUGCUUCCCGCUGAAAAGCUGUGAGCUGCACUUUAUCGGAAGUGGUGCAGUUAUAAUUUGUGUGGACAAUAAUGGUGAGAUUUAUGUCGGACGAUCUGAAGUGUUUUCAGUUAGUUUUCCACCUCCGAUGAAGAGCAUCUUACAGCCGACAGGGUUCAACGUCCGUCAGAUGGUCUGAAUGAGAUACGAUCAAAUCAUUGUUGGGGCAAGUGAAGUUUUUCUUGAAAUAUUAAGCCUUUAUUCUUUACAACAUUGUCACAACAUUACGACUUUAUUCUCGACUUAUCAGAAUACAGAUAUGUGGGAAAUGUUUUGAAUGUGCAGAAAGUUUCUAACGGAAGCGGAAACGUUGCUGAAACACAAAAUGAAUGAAUGUAUCACGGAUGUGGAUAGGAGCCACAUGCACAUUUAAAGAGGUUACUUCCUCACAACAAGAGGACAGAAGAGUAAAUCAAGCCCUAGAUUUGUGUUGACUCAGCAGAGAUGAUAUUAAAUAUUUGAAAGGAAUUCAGAAUCCCGGAGAGACUUGCUGCCUAAUAUUUUGAUUUGUCACCUGGCGUAUGAAGUUUGUGUUGUCCUUCACAUACAUAAAGACAUUUCCACCAUAAAUCGCUGCAUAAAAAAAAGUCACCAGACUGCUGUUAGUCUUUAUGCUAAGCUAGGCUAACCACAUCCUGUCUGUAGCUUCAUGUUUAACAUUCAUGGUAGUUAUCGUGGUAGAAAGUCAAUAAACAUGUUUCCU